GCGGCAGCGUCAGACCGGAAGUGACGGCCCAGCACCGAGAACACGCGGAGGUUGCGGUCCGUCGUUCCCCGUCGCGAUGCCGAAGGCCCGGCGGGCGCGGGGCACCGGCCCUAAUGCCGGCCCCGCGGUGCCGCUGGCCGAGCAGAUCCUGCAGGACGCGGCCCCUCGGGCUACGGCGCGGGGAAAACGGCGCGGCGGGGCGGAGGAGGAGGAUGGUGCCGACGGUGACGGCUACGUGGAUGCGCGACUGUCGCGGCGCAUCCUGGAGCAGGCGCGGAGGCAGCAGGAGGAGCUGGAGGCUGAGCACGGACCCGGAGGGCCCGGGCAGCGCAGCACCGCGCUGGGCCCCAUUGUGGACUCAGAGGAGGAGGAUGAGGAGUGGCCCUCACUGGAAAAGGCAGCGGCACAGAGAGGACAGGCUGGCGGAGAAGUGGAGGUGGAUCCCGAGGACGAGAAGGCCAUUGAGAUGUUCAUGAACAAGAACCCACCACUGAGGCGCACGCUGGCGGACAUCAUCAUGGAGAAGAUCACAGAAAAGCAGACAGAGGUGGAGACGGCGCUGUCGGAGAUCUCGGGACGCCCCAUGCCACAGCUUGAUCCCCGCGUCCUGGAGGUCUACCGGGGAGUCAAGGAGGUGCUGUCCAAGUACAGGAGUGGGAAACUCCCCAAGGCAUUUAAAAUCAUCCCUGCCUUGUCCAACUGGGAGCAGAUCCUCUACAUCACAGAGCCGGAGGCGUGGACGGCUGCAGCCAUGUACCAAGCCACCAGGAUAUUUUCAUCCAACCUCAAAGAGAGGAUGGCCCAGCGGUUCUACAACCUGGUGCUGCUGCCACGGAUCCGGGAUGACAUCGCCGAGUACAAGCGCCUCAACUUUCAUCUCUACAUGGCUUUGAAGAAGGCUCUAUUCAAGCCGGCAGCCUGGUUCAAAGGAAUCCUCAUUCCGCUGUGCGAGUCAGGAACCUGCACGCUGCGGGAGGCCAUCAUCAUUGGCAGCAUCCUCACCAAGUGCUCCAUCCCUGUCCUCCACUCCAGCGCGGCCAUGCUGAAGAUUGCUGAGAUGCAGUACAGCGGCGCCAACAGCAUCUUCCUUCGGCUGCUCAUCGACAAGAAGUAUGCACUGCCCUUCCGUGUGGUGGAUGCCCUUGUCUUCCACUUCCUGGCCUUCCGCACAGACCAGCGGGACCUGCCCGUGCUGUGGCACCAGUGCUUCCUGGCCUUUGCCCAGCGCUACAAGGAGGACCUCUCCUCGGAGCAGAAGGAGGCUUUGCUCGAGCUGCUCAAGUUCCAUAGCCACCCACAGAUCUCCCCGGAGAUCCGGAGGGAGCUGGUGAACUCCAAGACGCGGGAUGUGGAGGGGCAACAGCCUGUGGCCAUGGAAUGGGCAGGGAAAAGCUGCAGCCUGCCCAGCUCUCAGGACACUGCAGGAUGCUGUUUGGAGCCUGGUGCGUGAGUGGAGGCGUUACUGGAGCAUCCAUUCCGGGAUCCUGCUGCUCUGAGCAGGCGCUGGGUGCAGGUUGUGCCCAUGGACCCAUGCUCCCUGCCCAGCUUGUCCCAGGCAGGGCAGCCCUUGUCCUCCCACCUGGAAACCUGGUGCCAUCAGCACCCAGAGGGUUUGACUUCUUCCUGGUUAGGAAAUAAAUCCCAAGCCGUGUCCAUCAGUCCAGGUCUGCCA